ACCGUGAACGCGUCAGCUCCAGACGCCCCCGUCCAUAAAAGAGGAGAGAGCCGGAGCUCUGGAAAGUGAGAGAGAGACGGAGUUCACAGUUAGAGACAAGGAAGCAGAGACAAGGCCGCAGAGACAAGGACACAGAGAAGAGGACACUUAGAAGAGCACAAAGGAGAACAAGCGCAGGACGGUGCACAGGCUCGCUUGGAGGUGCAGAAGCGCAGAGCUGCUUCCCUGCGUUUCCUGUUUCUAAAGUCGACCGGGGGCGAACUUUUAAAUGCAUUGGAUCCGGUGACAGCUUCGAACACAGGCACAGCGACAGACUCGAUAGACAUGGCAAAUGGGAAGAACCAGCUGCAGCAGACCCAGGAUGACGUGGAGGAGGUGAAGGUCAUCAUGCUGGAUAACCUGAACAAGGCUGAAGAGCGAUCUGGCAAACUGGGUGAACUGGAGGUUAGGGCUGAUGAUCUGCUGGAAAAGGGUAAAAAGUUUGAAAAGACCACCCAUCAGGUGAAGCAAAAGAAAAGAUGGCAGAACAAGAGGAUGAAAUAUGUGUUUAUUGGCGUCGGAGUGGUAGCAGGACUGAUCAUUCUCGGACUUAUAAUCUUUGCUAUUACUGGAUAGCACAUGAGGACAGUUGCUCCUUGAAGCUCUCCUGAUCAAAGGAAAAUACGAUAUUGGGACGAAGGGUAAAGAUAAAACAUUCAGGAAAAAAGGAGUCCCUCCUGUUGGACUCAAGCUUCUCGCCUCAACUGCUCAUUUGGUGAUAUUUCUCUGUUUAGAGAUAUUUAUGGGAGUAUGCUUAAGUGUUUUCAAUCUAUAUGGUACCACUGAUUGCUUGGCUGCUUCUUUUCUUUAUUAUAACUUUCACAAAGUCGUGCCUCUGUCUGGACCACAUUGGAAGGAGACACCAGUUCAUACAUGGAUUGGAAGUCUUUCAAAGUCCAUUCAAAUAAGUGAAACCAGUCAACUUCUCUCCCUUAUUGAACUCACUAUCAUAAAGAUGUCUUACAGUUAGAUAUAAAUAAAGUGCUCUGGCAUCACCCAAAUACGAAUUACUGAUAUUUUUUAAUUUAUAUUUUCAGCUGUUUAAAAUCAAAUGUUCUCAAACUUGCCUGCAUCAUUAAAAUGUGUGUGUUUUUUUUAAA